UUACGCCUGCUUUCAGGCCACCAUGUCAGGAAGAGAUCGCCUGCCGCGCCGUUUUGUCGAGGAUGGCAGGGGCUACGUUGACGCCCGUGUGCUCGAGGAUCAUCGCAGGGGCCAUCAUCCCGGUAUCCGUGUGGUGGAUGAUCGCAGGGGCCAUCCCGAGAUCCGUCUAGUCGAUGACCGCAGAGGCUAUCCUGCAGUCCGCGUGAUCGAGGAUCGCAGAGUCUAUCCCGCAGUUCACGAGAGGCCGGUCAUGAGGAUGGCUCCUCGCCCUCACCCUCACCCAGCUGUUAUGGCGGAAGAAAUCGAGUUGCACGAGGUCGAAUUCCGGAGGCUUAUGGCUGACCGUCACGCUCUAGGUGAGGAGCAGAUGGAGUUACACAGGGAGCUGCAGGCUAACAAAGAGGAGGUCCGUCACUUGAACAUGAUCAUUGCCGAGAUUAACGGCAAGAAAGAAGCUUAUAUUGCCGACCUCGUCGACAAGAGAAGGAAGCUUGAAGCAGAACUUAGAGCAAAUGAGCCUCUGAGAGAUGAGGUUGCGCAUCUUCGUGGUGAGGUAGAGAAGCUCCUUGCUAUCAGGAAAGAUCUCUCUGCAAAGGCUGCUUCAAUCAUGCAGGAGCUGAAUAGGGAUAGAUCUGAUACGAAGCAGUUACCUAUGCUCAAAGCAGAGAUUGAUGGCCUUCAGCAGGACCUUACUCAUACAAGGAAUGCAUGUGAAUCAGAGCAGAAGGUGAAUUUUGAGCUGGUGGAACAAAAGAAAGCAAUGGAAAAGAGUAUGAUUUCGAUGGCACAGGAAAUUCAACAAAUGCGGGCCGAGUUGGCUAAUUUGGAUGGGAGACCAUGGGGCACAGGUGGAUCAUAUGGGAUGAAGUUGGGUAGUCCUGAAGCGGCUUUCCCUACUCAAUACGGAGAUAAAUACAAUAUCCAUGCGGGAGUUUCUGACAAAGGUCCUUCGCAUCCUCCGGAAUCUUCGUGGGGCGCAUAUGACAAGACUCGUUUCCAAUACCGCUAAGAUCCCAGCUGCUACAUUCCUGGGAGAAAGAAUCACCUAUUAGGUGUUAAUGAUCAUAUCACAUGGUUCAGAAUAUCUUAUCUACCGACUUGUUUGUGUUAGACUCCAGACUUCUUUAAAUGCUUCUAAUAAUUUUGCUUUCUGUGUUAGUUGAUAAAGUUGGCACAACAAUAUCCUAUUACAUUUACAUCUUGGCUUCAGAUUUAUGCAUGUUUCCUGGUUAUUGGAUCUAUGACUAGCAAAUAUUUUUACAUGGCUUUGACUUUGGACAUAUAUGAUAAAACAAUAGUCAUGCCAUAUAUAGAGCAUGCAUUAGUUUAAUGUGAAGCCAUGAACGUCUUAACUCAUAAACUUUGGAUGUACGUAUUUACAAAAGCUUCCACCAUGCAGUUACACAAGGUAUUAAUGAGCUUGAUGUGAGAUGAUACAGCUAGUGUGUAUGUGUGUGUGUGUGUAAAGUUUAACCUCGGUGAUAAUUGUAUGGUUUUUCAUGUUACUUGAAUAAUUUUAAGCUAUGGUGAGGGUGUUAGUCAGUUACUAAUUGUUACCAACAAUUUUCAGACGUGUGUGCAGCUCAUUUUCUGCAAAAACUGAAGUCGUAAAGUUAUUUUCUACAUCUAGGUUUACGUAGGCUGAAGUUGUCCCAUGUAGUGAUCAUAAGUUGGGUUCAUAACAACUGCCGCAUAUUGAAAGUGUAGCAGGUCCAAGGCUGUUAUCAACAAAUAUGAAUCACUAAGUAAUAUUUUUUAAAUGAGAGGCUAACCUUACCUCCUUCAGCCUAUGAAACGAUAACAGCGUGGACAAGUCUAUUAUGUAGGAUUAGGGUUGCUUUUCUUUUCGUUUUUGAACUUAUGGGCAGUAAGUUUUGCUGUUAAACUCAAUGGAAGUUUAACAUCAUAAGUUGUUUCAUCUGAAUUGGUUUGCAUCUGGUACUUGCAUCAUCAGUUUUGUCAAUUGUACUUGUCUUGUGCUUGAUGGAUUUGAACUUCCAGACCUUGUGUGAGCUUGAUUAUAAAAUUCUUGCUCUGGCACUUUUGACACGCCAAAUAGCCUAUUGGAACAACCAUUGGACCACUGUUGCAUGCUAUCGUAACAUGGCCUCUCUUGCUCCCUGAAAUUAGUAGAGCACGCAUCUACAUGCCACUUUUCCCAUCCUUUUUCUGGCUUGAUGCUGUGUGAAUGGGCAUGAUUACUGUUUUUGCCUAUUACCCACUUGGUUAGCUCUAUUACCUAUGCGGCUGAUGUAUUACUUGUUAAGUUAGCCCUCUUCUGUGUUGGACACUUACUGGUAGCUCUAGUUUCCAAACUUCGAUCAGCAGUUCAAUUUAGUAGAGUUGGACACGAUGCCAACAUCUCACUAUCUAGCAACAUCUGAUGGAUCAUGGAUGUUAUUUAGGGUACUGUGCUGAACUUUAUGAACUCUUAGCUUUGGAAGAUUUUACCCACGUGGAGAACAUGAAGUACUACAGUGUUUGUCGUGGAAGAUAGAGAGUCGACUUCUGUACCAAUUGCCAGCAGCUAUUGUAGAUGCAUCGGCCUUGCAACCUCCUGAAUGAGAUCUUAUACCACAUCAUGGUCUGAGCUGUAUUUGACGAAGGCCACAACCCUUGGAUCUCCCUGGAACACAUUAACGGUCUCCACAACUCCAAGAGAACAGGAUACUUGAAGAAGUGCACUCUUCGUGAUAGGAUGGAGUAUGUACCGGAUUUGAGCACGGAAGAUUCUUCUUGGCGUGAAAGUCAUUGUGAACUUUGAUACAAGAUGUUACUGUCCAUAACAGUGUUCUCGCAAAUGGAAGCUUGAUGUAUUCUUUACUUCAAUGCUCAAAAGAAGUGUAGAUUCUGAAUAGAAGUUGGCUUUAAGAGUGCUUCUGAGCUCCGUACAGGAGAGCUGUGCUCAGUUUGUGAGAAGGGGAAAGCAUUCCAAGUUAUUGUGUGAAAGCAGCAGAUGGAAGGUUGAUGUGUUCUUCCAUGGGAUGCUUAAAGCAUAGUGCAGAUUUUAAUAGAAGUUAGUUGAAGAGUUAAGCUGAGAAUCUGCCUUUAUUAGGUCCACAUUAAGUUCCAACAUGCUGGACUUAAUUAUUAUCCCAUGCACAGAGUUUAGAAUUUGGGUGCUCCAUGGGAUUCAGUUGCUUUUAUAGCGUGUCAGCUUAUGGAGAUUAAUCCCGAGCGGGUUAACUUAUCGACUGAAGUUGUCCCGAGCGGGUUAACUUAUCGACUGAAGUUGGCCAGAGAGUAUGGUGCUGGAAACGUUUGCUGAGAUUGUGAGAAGGGCAAAGAAUUUGUUUGUGUUUUCAUGACAGCAGACAGGUGGAAGUUUGAUCUUGGAUGUCAUAGAAUGCUUAUAGCAGACUGGCAGACUACUCUUCAGCAGAAGUCGGUUGGAAAGAUAGUUGAUGUUUGGACUAUAUGGAUUUUGAAGUCUGUUUUAAGUCUUAUCUGUCCAUAUUAGGCCUAACGAGCUGGGCUUACUUAGUCCAUGUACAAAGCUUGUAAAUAGCUGUUAUGCUUGUGUUCUACGGGAGAUGGUUGCCCUGCUAGCUUGUGUAGAUCACUUUGGAAGG